GCGAUUGGCCAGGGGAGUAGUGGGAGGGGCCGGUUAGCAGACUGAUGCUUUAAACAAACUUUUCAGCAGGGCUGCCUGCUUCCCUUCCAACUAAACAGUGAGACCCAGACAAAGAGCUAGGAGGACUCCUGAAACAACUACUAUUCCCUUGAAGCCAAGGCCAAUCCAACCGCCACCAUGUCGAGCAAACGCGCAAAGGGGAAGACCACCAAGAAGCGCCCCCAGAGGGCCACGUCCAACGUGUUCGCCAUGUUUGACCAGUCUCAGAUCCAGGAGUUCAAGGAGGCCUUCAACAUGAUCGACCAGAACCGAGAUGGCUUCAUCGACAAGGAGGAUCUGCACGAUAUGCUGGCCUCACUAGGUAAGAACCCAUCUGAUGAGUACCUGGAGGGGAUGAUGGCUGAGGCGCCGGGGCCCAUCAACUUCACCAUGUUCCUCACUAUGUUUGGAGAGCGCCUCAACGGCACCGACCCCGAGGACGUCAUCCGCAACGCCUUCGCCUGCUUCGACGAGGAGGGUUCUGGUGAGACACAAACACAAGCACACACAAACACUCUCCAAUGUCAACCCCUAGCCUCCACCAUAACAACAACAUCAAACGCUAAAUAGGAAAAACAAAUGGGA